AUGGAUAAAAAACCUUCUGAUAAAAGUGUCAAACCAAAUCAAAAACCUUCUGAAAAAAGCGCCAAGCUGAAUCAGUCGAGCAGCAAGUCAGAUACGGACGUAGAAUUUAAAUAUGAAAAAAAAGCACCUAUAGCUAUCAACACUCAGUUUAAAUAUUCACAAUCUGACGGUUUUCAUGACUCUUCGAAUAUUAACUUACCUCCAAAGGCUGACAAUUUGAAAUCAAAAUUUUUCACGCAAAAAUUUCCAAAAUUUUCCAUCCUAGUUUUUUCCCGUGAGUUAGAUGAUACUGCUACCGCUUCUAAAGAAUCUACGAAUUCAAAAAAUUACUCAAUGCAGUCAUUCGAAGUUCUGAAAUCCUCUCCCGAGACACAACAACUGCAGAAAACUCAUAGCUUGGCAAUUUUCAAAUCAAGAAAACCAACGCCCAAAAAAAUGAUAUCUCUCAUUUCAUCAGUCGACAGUUACGAUAUAGAAAAAAAAAUUUCCGAAGAAAAAGCUAAGAAAAAAUCUAUUUUUGCUAAAAUAAUUGCUUUAAUAGCACCCACUAAAAUUGAAGAAACACGUGCAUAUGGGCCAACAGUGGUUCCCUCUGGGCUCCUCGAAAUUGAUGAAUCUUCUAGAUUUCCAUCCUCGUCAUAUAAGAAAGUAAGCAAGACUAACACGCAAGAUAGAAGAAGUUUGCAAGCUUCAUCAACAAUGACUAUUGCAAGAAGUAAAUCGAAAGUGCAAGAUAAAAUGGCUCGACCGUCGAGUGCCGAAAAGUUAAACGACGAAUUAUUUACGUCAAACUUUAAACAGUCUUCGCUUGGUAUUUCAGAAUCAGAGAAAGGAUUUAAGAGGAAGUUGAUAUCAAUUAGAAAAUUAAAUCAACUGGAACGAAAAGCACAGCAACAAGAAAUGCGAGAUCACCAGCAGAGUUCAUUACCUAAACAACUCUUAGAUCAGUCUCCGUCAGGAUUUAGCGAUACAUCGAAAAAAAUUCAAAAGAAUGAUUUCUCCAGAUCAAAUGAAACUAUUCAUUCGGAUCAGGAUGAGGUGAUUGAUCAAAGAGACGAAUCCAAUGAAAUAACAUUUGCUUCAAAGAGAAAAAAGAAGCCUAAAUACUUUGUGUUUGUGAUCAUAUGCAACUUAGCUUUCAUGGUUCUGCUUAUGUGUUAUGCCUUGUACCAUUUCGCACCUGAACCAAGAACACAUGAUGAAUAUGAUUACGAUACUUAA